AUGGCCGAUUGGCAUACACCUACACAGGUACAAAGAGCAUUAACAACCAUGUGGGCGAAACUUGAAAAGUCUACUGUACCAUUAAAGGACAUAUCAGAAGAAAAUCUAAUAAACUACUUUGGUAUCAAGAAACCAGUCGUGCAACAACUGCAGUACGAAUUGCUUUUUAAUUCGAAUAAGUCGUUCGAUCCGAAAUCAAAAACAGAUAGUUGGAGAAGCCAAAAAGAAAUACGUGACAAUAUUUACAAAGAAGAAGACCAACGUACAAUGCCUGUGGUGACAUCUCAUUUUAUUGGUCAUCGACUCAAAAACCUGGAAGGACGUUUGUUAAACAACUACAUAUGCAAGGAAGAAAAUAACGAAUAA